UGGAACACAGGCGGAAGCUAAAAGGGCACGACCCGGGCACGUCCUGUGUUAAACCAACCAGCGCCCCUCUCCGCAGGCCUCCCCAGGCCCUCGCCGACCCGGAGAUAGGGUGGCGGGGCGACAUAAAGCAGAGGAAAGGUAACAACCGACAUGGCAGCGUCUGCAGGCCAGGCCCGCUCUGCUCGCCCGCGCCGGUACCGGCCACAGGCGGACCGCCUACCCACAGUGCCCCGCGGCGCGCACGCGCGCAAGCAGCCGUUCCCAGCUUGCAGCGCUGCGCGGCGGCCGAGCCGGCAGCGGGCCGCCUCUGGCAGCCCCGGGCCAGGCGCCCCCGUCCCCAGCAGCGGGGGUAAGAUGGCGCUGAAGAGGAUCCAGAAGGAAUUAACUGACUUGCAGAGGGACCCCCCUGCCCAGUGCUCUGCAGGACCUGUGGGAGAUGAUUUGUUCCACUGGCAAGCCACCAUCAUGGGCCCGAAUGACAGUCCUUACCAAGGAGGCGUUUUCUUCCUGACCAUCCACUUCCCUACCGAUUAUCCUUUCAAGCCCCCAAAGGUUGUUUUCACAACCAAAAUUUACCAUCCCAACAUCAACAGCAACGGCAGCAUCUGCCUUGACAUCCUGCGGUCCCAGUGGUCUCCGGCCCUGACUGUGUCAAAAGUUCUCUUAUCCAUCUGUUCUCUGCUCUGCGACCCCAACCCUGAUGACCCUCUGGUGCCAGAGAUAGCCCAUACCUACAAGGCUGAUAGAGAGAAGUACAACAGACUAGCAAGAGAGUGGACACAGAAAUAUGCUAUGCAGAACAGAAGAUACAGAAACUUUUAACAGGUAGCCCAUCAGGUAACUGGCCUCCUCUCUUAAGUUUCUGAUGUAAUCAUUUCAAGAGCUGCCUUUAGAGUUCAGAGGUUUGAGAUUAGGUUAGUGAGGAGAAGGGUAGUAAAGGGAUUAUUCUAAUUGAACCUCCGAAGAGAGGAGGAAAAUUGAGGGACUUCACAUCUCUAAAGUCCAAUUUGGCCUAGUCUUUUCUAAGUGGUUUUCAAAGCUAGUCCACUCCCAGAGCAGCCAUAUGAGAAUAAUGUUUGGGUGAGUAGGACCAGGAAGUGGACAAACACUAAAAUUCUCCAACCAGAUGGCCAGGUCUGUGGCGUUUGGAAGGAGGCCUAUAGACCUUGCACCUGGGGAUCACGUGAGCCUGACCUGCUCGGGAAACUCUUACAUUGUAGCACAACUUCACUGUUCUUGCUUUCCAGCAGGAGUGCUGGGAUUAGUCACCACCACUUCCUUAGCAAAGCAGGCAGCAGUCUGAGCCUGGUCUGUAUUUACUUUACGGGGGUCCCCAUUUGGGAUCCUCAGUUACAAGGCUGCUUUCUGUGUCCCAUGGGCCCCAUUCCCUGCUUUGUACCAUGGUGAGGAUUGCCCUGUUAAUUUUUUCUCUCUUUGCUACCCCUUUGGUCUUUACUUAAACAAAAUGAUAAACUUCAGAUGUCCGCUGGGAACACUGCCAUCACACAACUCUGCCAUUUCAGACAGUGGUCAUAAUACUCCUUGAACCAAAUGUAACAAAGCCUAGGAAGGUGGGACAGAUUCAAAUUUCAGAGACAAGUCAGAGGUUCAGAGAAGGAAUAUCCAGGCCCAAGUUGGUGUUGAGUUGGAGGGUGCCAUUUUCAGCCUUUCAAGCAUAAUAGCUUAUGACUCCCCAGAAGCUCAUGAAUUUUCUCUGUCUAGCUAAAAUUUUCCCAAGCCUGCUAUCUCUGUUGGAGAUAAUGCAGUAGAAAAAGUAAAAUUAUCCUUUGGGAUCCUGAUUAUGAAUUACCAUUCACCGUUUGCUUGAUUUGCACUCUGUACUUGGACAGGCCUGUACUUGUGCCAGGCCAAGUGAUGGACAGGCCACCACAGUGAUGUUCCUGUCCCUGGCAAGUUCCCUGGACUCUCUACCCCUGGGAAACUUGCUUUUCAAGCCUUCCAGGGCUCAGAUCAGUCUGAAGGACAGGCAUGUUAAGUUGAAACCCUUAUUUUAAAAUGCACUGUGUGCAGGCAGCUCCCAGGUAUCACACAGGUAUAGAUAUCAUGUUUCCAAGGCGCGUCUCAGGUCAGUAACUUAAUAGCACAUCUAAAAAGCUAACUGUGCAGUGAUACUUUGUUUUCUCCAUGGACCAGAGAUACCAGGGAAUUGCAUGAUCUUAAGCAAUUAAUCCAACAUGAACAAAUGACUUAACUGUGGCCAAAAGUGUCUCAGUUUGCUGGAUGGAGCUGUGAUCUUGAUCCUUUGGCAGACUACAGGAAGACCCAAGAGUUCCAAGGAUGUGGCAAAGGGUCAAAAUCUCCCAACAAGGGAUUAAAACACCAGAGCACCCAUGUCCAAUGGGCCUGGCAACUCACAGCUGACCCAUGUGUCAGCACCAUGGGAUCCCACACCAGCUGACCACAGAGGCUCAAGGACAGGCAGGUUUCUGUCUCAGAUUCAGGACAAAGUCUCCUAAAGUGAUAAAGAGGUGCUUGUGAAACUGGUCAGCAGAGCUCCUGGCCCGAAGGCCUGUUCUGGUAGAGGCAGAGAAAGCCUUGGGAGCAGCACGGGCCACUUGCCCCUCUUGCCCUCACCUGCCCCCCAUUCAGUGCCUCUGUUCCUCCAGCUCGUCUCUCUGUGACACAUGCUUCCUCCCUGGCAGCACUGGGUGGGGGUUGAAUGAGGAUUAGAUCUAGCCAUGAAAGCUGUCUGAGAAACAGGAUGGCUUACCAGUGUUACCAACCUGAGUCCUUGGACUCUUUAAUCAAUAGAAAUUGAUAAGAGAUCAGACAAGGAAUUUAGGCAAGGCUUUACUGGAACUCACGCUGCAGCAGUGGGGAGUAAGAGCAAGUGAACCAGUGCCCUUGCUUGACCCCUGCAGGUGGCAGGGCAAGCUGGUCCCUUAAAUGAGGUGAGGGUGGGGCGGACCAGUGGGUCAGGUUGCAAGGGUGGCUUGGGUGGUCUGCCAGCCCACGUGGUGCUGUGUGCAAGGAUCAUGUGCAGAACCCUGCUUUUGCUCCCCGUACCCCAGAAGUGACAGUUGGGUUUGGUCUUUUUGCAUUAGUCAGAAUUGACCCCAACUGUGCAUUCAUCAAGUUAUUUUCAGUCCCGUACAGUUUCUUUGUGUUCUGUUGCUCAUGUUUAUUCACCUGCGAGCACUCCAGUAAAGGGACCCAGGCCCCAGCCUAUCUCACCAGCACGCUCACAACAGCAGCCUGGGGCCAUGCAGGCAGGCACACUGGCUCCCUCAGGCCUGGUGGUCAUCCCAGCCAGUCUGCUGGCCUCAUCAUGACCACCGUUGGGGUUUCUCUUCUGUUGGCAGAGGGAUUUUAUUAAAACUAAAAAGCUACAGAAAAUCUGCAAACCCGCUCUCAAACGAAAUAGUGGUUUCUUGACUUUCCUAAAAAAUGUCAUGUCCCCAUCUUACGCCGUCUCUACCCCACUUCUCCCAGGCGCCUAAUCCUUACCUUCAGAUAGGCCCACUUGAGCUGUUCCAGCUCCCUGCAACAGAGCUUACCUCUGGGUGCACGGGCUUGGCCGGGCUCCACUUUAGGGGGCAAUGACAGAAUUGCCCUCUCAGAGCCUGCCUCUCACCCGUGCUGCCCACCCCACCACAACCACAGUAGCUCAAGGGGCCAGUCAUGGGAAUGUCCAUCACUGCUGGCUGUCAUCACUUUCUCAUGACUUUAGGUAGCUUUAUCAAGGCAAUGACUGAGCACUUGCCAAGUACAAGGUGUGAAGGGGAGGGGAAAGGAAGAGAAUUAUGCAAAAAAAGGAACUACACAGGCCUCAGGAAGGAGCUAAACCUAGGGUAGGGCCUGGUGGAUGGACAGGGAGGAGGGUUCUACAGGCAGAGGACUGUGUUCCCCAGCAAGCACAGCACAUUCUGGGGGCUCACCCAGCACCUGGCCCUUCCAGAAUUGGGGCCCUGUUACCUUCCGGGUGUCACAGGGCUCACCUUUCUGGAGAAUCAUUACAGGCAGAGGCAUGCAGGAUGAAUGGCAAUUUUCAUAUUAAGUGGAUGGCAUAGUUCAUAUAAGCUGGUGUGUAAAACCAUUUCGCACCCUAGACUCCCAGGUAAACAAGCAGCGUCACUGGGCCGGGGACUUCUUAGGGGCCAGGACAGAGGCACAGAACUGCAUCUAUCCCUUGAUCCACAUGAAGAAAGGAAUGGAAUGACAUUAGGCCUGGGCCCAGCCUCAUGUCAAAGCUUGUUCCCAGGAGCAGUAAUGACCUGGCCAGGACACUAGAAGGCCAGGCGUGCUUAAUGGGCAAAAUGAUCUACCAGCUCCAGAAACAAGGAUGCAGAUGGAGGUAUGGGCGGUAAAGUUGGGGGUGGCAGAGGCAAGGGGUGAAAGGCUAACUACCCUUCUGAGGGAACUUGGCUGUUUCUUCCUUCUGUGUCAAAUAUCCAGCAGUAGGAAUAAUCUGGUGGUCCAGUGGUUAGCAGUCUGUGCUUCCACUGUAAGGGUCACAGGUUCAAUCCCUAGUCAGGGAACUAUGAUCCCACAUGCCAUGUGACCCGAAGCAAGCUCAGGACACCAUCCUGAAACAGGAGGAACUAACAAUAAGCUGUCAACAUCUUUGGGUUUAAAAUGUUGGCAGAGUUGUAGUUAAACUGCAAAAUCCCCAUCACCUGUACCUUCUGUUCCCUUUGAACCUUCUAGAAUUUCUGCCGACUCCUUGCUGUGGGCUCAUCUGUCUACAACAGGGAGCUUGGCUGAUGCACGCAUGUCUCCAGGUCUUUGAGGCUGAGGCUUCAGCAAGGCUUGAGAAGCUAGAGGCCCUCACAGCAAGAGCUAUGUGAGCAGCAAGUAUGCCCUCUCUGUAAAGGGUUAGGAUGGCAGGAAAGAGCACUGCUUCUCCUGAAGGAGGCGGCUUUGCCCUUUCUGUGAGACACCACAUACUGACUUGUCGCAGCCCCUCAUAGCCAAGCCUUAAAUGACAAGCAGACCACGUUGGCCAUUCCCUACCCGCGGGCCUGAGUCACAGAUCAAGCUCAAGACUGCAGCCUUCCCACCUUUCCACCCUUGACUGCUUACCCUCUGUAUAAAUCAUAACAGGGAUUCAACUAGGAAGGUUUGGGGGUUUUUGUUUUGUUUUUAAUCUCUCAAGAUGUGAAGUAUUUGUUUACUGGGUUCCACUUACUAUGCAGCAUAAAUAAGUUUUCUUUUUAGGGCAGGAAAACCAAUGAUUUCAUUUCUCCCAUUCUGUCAUAAUGUGGUCAUGUGUGGCUGGAGCAUAGAGAUGUAAUCCUGGUGGUUUUUAAGAAAAUUAUUUUCUUGCUAACUGACACUUCUGUGGAUGAAGACUUUGAAUAAAAACCUAUUAUUUUCUACCGA